ACGACGAACGACGUCGGUCCCACGUUCCGUCCAGCAUAGCGUUCUCCGUCGACGAUUACCAGGUCGGCCCUUUUGCAAAGCCUCGGGUCUCUGUCUCUCUGUCUUUCUCUCUCACUCUGCGCAAUUCAUUGGUCUGUCUCGCAACGCAAUGGAGUGAGGCCCGUCGCGAAGCUCCCGAUCGCGUCACUCGCGAGCCUUCUCUGCAGCAUUACUGCACUUCACAUUCACAAGGCCAGGGACGGGGAUUAUCUGUUGCUGCGAGGGAGCUUUGGAGCAACAUGUCCAAAGGGUAUCACAGUCUCGGCGACGAGAUUGUUUCUGGAUCUGUGCCGGUGGCUGCAAGUUCGGACAGAGUGUUGCAGUUUCAAGAGUCAAAUUUACAGACGUUUCCUCCAAGUGACACUCGGGGCAAACUCUCUGGAUCCUUUCAGCCGCCUAGAGAUGCCGAUGACUCGUUUUCGAAUCCCGGAUCUGGAAGUCAAGGGGGAGCGAACGGGUCAUCAACGGGUUCGGGGUGGCAGAGUUACUUCAAUGCUGUGUCGUAUCGACCAUACUUCAACGUGGACACUGCGGACGUGGUAGAGCGGAUUCGAGAUUCGUUGUUUCCGUUCAAGGGAGACUUUGUGGAGAAGACGAGCCACAAUCCUGACAUGUAUGGGCCAUUUUGGAUCUGCUCGACGCUGGUGUUCGUAACGGCGGCGCUGGGAAACUUUGCAGCAUUUUUAUCGGCUCAGUCUGGGUCGUGGCAUUACGAUGUGAACAAGGUGUCGUGGGCAGCGUUCAUGUUCUAUGGCUACGUGGCAGUGAUACCGCUGGGGCUGUAUUUUGUGCUGAAGUACUUGGGCGUUGUGUCGGGCCUGGUGCAGCUGUGGUGCCUGUACGGGUACUCGCUGUUCGUGUUCAUUCCAGCCUCGUUUCUGUGCGUGGUCCCAUGGGACAUCAUGAGGUGGGCGGUGGUGGGAGUGGCGGCGGUGAUGUCUGCUGGGUUCCUGGCGAUCAACAUUCGGUCACAUGUGAAGACCGCGAGCGAGCGGUGGUUCCUGAUAGUGACCAGCUCAGCAGCACUGCAGCUGGGGUUGGCAUUGGUGGUGAAGUUGUAUUUUUUCACGUAUUUUUAUCACGAUAGCUUAGUUCACGUGUAGGUGGUAGCGUAGCAGAAGCAGUGGAUGUAACGUUAGUAGAGGAUUGCGGGUGGUGGAUGGUGUGAGGAAGUUGGGAGGACGUGGUUGUCGGGAAGACGUGACGACGACCCCGUAGUAUGGGGCGCCCGUGCAGAAUGUGGUAUUUAUGCGCGUUCCGUUUUGGAUGAGUGCGCCGCAAUGCAUAAAUUGAGUACGCAGAGGAUGCGGAUGGAUGCAGAGGCUGUGGAUGGCGCAGGGCAUUGGGUUAGUAAGGCGGAGGGGGUGCUUGUGUGGAGCACAAAGUGGUUGUGCGGCGUGGUCAUGUAAUUGAGAUGCAUGUUGGUGGAGUCGGGGAUGUGGAGGGAGUUGUGGAUUUGGUUUAGUGUGGGGGUGGAUGGUUCAUGGAGAUGGUUGAACGUGCAGCUGUGAGUUGGAAAGGCAUGGCAGGUGUACUGAUGGCUUGGGUCAAGCGGGUGAGAUAGGGAUGGUGAGGUCUUGGGAGGAAGACGGUUGUGGACCCAUGCAAGGAGUUGGAAUGCUAAGGGGCUGCGUUGCGCAGGAAAACUAAUGGCAUGCUUCUGGGUGCAUGUCUUGAUCAUGGGUUUUGUGUGCACACAGGGCAGGAGUUGUGAGAUUCAUGAGUAGAGAGGUUGUGAUUGUAUUGGUUGGUCGCAAUGAAUUGAAAUGUUGGAGUUUAAUGUUUGGAAGUAGGUUUCGAGCUGGAGUGGUCAGUUAGUGUAGAGUUUGUGUUGGAUAUUCACAGCAUGGUAUGUGUAGUGAUAUGGCUUUAUAAGUGUUUUCUCUGGCACCAUUAUUCCAUAAUCACAAUCUUGACUUAUCCGUUGAAUAGU